AUGGUGGUGGACGCGGCAGUGGCAGUGGCGGAGCUGAGAGCAACCUUUGCGAGUGGCAAGACCAAGAGCUAUGAAUGGCGGGUAUCUCAGUUUAAGGCAAUUUUGAAACUAACCAAUGAACAUGAAAAGGAUAUAAUUGAAGCUCUUCGUUCCGACCUCAAUAAGCCGGAAUAUGAAGCCCUUCUCUACGAGAUUUGUGGCGUGAAAAAAUCAGCCAAGUUGGCAUUGAAGGAAUUACGUCGAUGGAUGACACCAGAAAAAGCAAAAACCUCAUUGAUCACAUUUCCCUCGUCAGCUGAAUUAGUUUCGGAACCCUUGGGUGUCAUAUUGGUCAUAUCAACUUGGAACUAUCCUUUCUUGUUAUCUUUCGAAGCUAUCAUUGGAGCUAUUGCAGCUGGUAAUACCGUAGUGUUGAAGCCAUCGGAAAUUGCCCCUGCCACGUCCUCACUGCUUUCAAAACUUAUCGGGGAAUAUAUGGAUUCUUCGGCCUUGAAAGUUGUAGAGGGUGCAGUGCCUGAAACAACUGCAUUGCUUGAGCAAAAAUGGGACAAAAUAAUUUAUACAGGGAGUGAAAAGGUGGGACGCAUUGUAGCUGCUGCUGCUGCAAAACAUCUUACGCCCGUGAUUUUGGAGCUUGGUGGAAAAUGUCCAGUGAUCGUCGAUACAAAAAUAAAUUUAGAAGUUGCUGCACGACGGCUAAUUUCAGGCAAGUGGGGCUGUAACAGCGGGCAAACCUGUGUUUCCCCUGAUUACAUAUUAACUACAAAAGAGUUUGCUCCAAAGUUGGUCGAUGCUCUGGUAUGGGAACUGGAGAAGUUCUAUGGGAAGGAACCACUGAAAUCACCAGACCUAUCACGCAUUGUAAAUUCCAGCCACUUCAAUCGCUUGACAAAGUUAAUGGACAACGAGAAAGUUUCUGGUAAGAUAGUUCAUGGAGGUCAAAGAGAUAAAACCACUCUAAAGAUUGCUCCAACUAUUCUUUUGGAUGUUCCCGAAGAUUCUCUGAUCAUGAACGAGGAGAUAUUUGGUCCUUUAUUUCCCAUCAUCACGGUCGACAAAAUUGAAGAUAGUUUCAAUGUGAUCAAUGCUAGAGAAAAGCCGCUUGCUGCUUAUUUAUUUACAAAUGACAAAACGCUACAGGAGGAGUUCGUAGAAAGUGUAUCAGCAGGGGGUUUGUCCAUUAAUGAAACGACUCUGCACAGUGCGACUCUCACUUUACCAUUUGGAGGAGUAGGGGAAAGCGGAAUGGGAUCAUACCAUGGGAAAUACUCUUUUGAUGCUUUCAGCCAUAAGAAGCCUGUUUUACGACGCAGUUUUGUUGGGGAGGUAGCUGCAAGGUACCCACCCUACACACCCAAGAAACAGCGAUUUCUUCAGGCUUUUCUAGAUGGAAAUAUAAUUGACAUAUUCCGAGCUUUAUUUGGUUGGUAA